AGGAAGUGGGGAGGGAAAUAAUUGCAUGCACCAUAAUUACCUUCUCGGUUAUGAAUGCAUAGAUUCUGGUCUUUUCAGGCAGUUUGUUCUAAUCUGGCCUAUCCAAAGCUCAGGAAUACAUAAUGGAAGAGCUUCUCCAGCUAAUGUGAGAAGUUGAGCAAAUACUCCAAGCCAAUAAUAAACCAGGCAGACGAUAACAGUAACUUGCCCAUUUCAAUGGUUCUUUGCAAAGGGAAAAAAAAACCCCAAAGCCUCAUAGUUUACUGUCCCUUUAAAAAUGGCGGUGCCCCACGAACCAAGGAUUCCAUUGGCUGCACGAAGCAGGGGGCGUGGGCCAGGGGGCGGGGCAGCCGGCGGAGAGAUGAGUCCCGCCUCCUACGGCAAGUCGGAGGCAGCAAGAUGGCCACCUCUGAGCAAGAGAGUGGUGUUGCUGCCGAAGCGGACCGGGAAUUGGAGGAGCUUCUGGAAAGAUGCCUUGUUCGCCUCCCAAGAGAAGUUUUUCCAGGAACUAUUCGACAGUGAGCUGGCUUCCCAAGCUACUGCAGAGUUUGAGAAGGCAAUGAAGGAGUUGGCUGAGGAAGAGCCCCACCUGGUGGAGCAGUUCCAAAAGCUCUCAGAGGCUGCCGGGAGAGUGGGCAGUGAUGCAACCUCCCAGCAAGAAUUCACUACUUGCCUAAAGGAGACAUUAAGUGGACUAGCCAAAAAUGCCACUGACCUUCAGAACUCAGGCAUGUCAGAUGAGGAACUGAACAAGGCCAUGGAAGGGCUGGGCAUGGAUGAAGGGGAUGGAGAAGGGAACAUCCUCCCCAUCAUGCAGAGUAUCAUGCAGAACCUCCUGUCCAAGGAUGUGCUGUACCCAUCACUGAAGGAGAUCACAGAAAAGUAUCCAGAAUGGUUACAGAGUCACCGAGAAUCUCUACCUCCAGAGCAAUUUGAAAAAUAUCAGGAGCAACACAAUGUCAUGGGCAAAAUAUGUGAGCAGUUUGAAGCAGAGACACCCACAGAUAGCGAGGCUGCUCAAAAGGCUCGUUUUGAGAUGGUGCUAGAUCUUAUGCAGCAGCUACAGGAUUUGGGCCAUCCUCCAAAAGAGCUGGCCGGGGAGAUGCCUCCUGGCCUCAACUUUGACCUGGAUGCCCUCAAUCUGUCGGGCCCACCGGGUGCCAGUGGUGAACAGUGUCUGAUCAUGUGAAAUGUACAACACGUUUUCCUCCCUGAGUCCCAUCCAUGGGGAACAUCUGGAGUCUGCAGAACUGUUGGUGCACUGAGGCGGGAAUAUCGCCUGCAGGAGUGGUCUGCCUACUGUCCUCUGUCAUCCCAUUCAAGACUGUGCCAUAUAAGCUGAGGCUUUUCUUCUGUCUUUCUACGAAUAGGAUCUGUUCUGCAGGCCAUUUGUAUGAACCUCUUUCCAUUGUGGUUUCUGCUAGUAGCAAAAGCCCAGCUUCCCGCCAGGUGAAAGAAGGCAUCCCUUUGGGGCAUGUACUUUCUUGCCUCUCCCAAAAUAACGUUAUAUAUGGUCACACUGAUGUACCCUUUUUAAUUCCAGGGUCUUCGUGCCUUGUUUCUACACCCACUCUUGGAUCUAGGGAACAGGGGCAGAGCCCUGGGACAUUUUUUUCUGUACUUUUCUUGGGCAGAGCCUUUGGGAAUGGAGAGAAACUUAGCCUGGGCAGGGCUGUAGGUCCGACACCAUGCCCUCUUGCCUUCACACAGACCACCAGAAUUCUCUGAAGGGAAAGGGCUUUUGUAUCUAAUCAUAGUAGAGUUGGAAUAGAAGCCCUGGGGUUUUUCUUCCCUCUAGGUGCUGAGCCUUCCCUCAACUCCUUGCUCUAGCUUGAGAACUCAAGUGACUACCCUGGUUCUACGCUACCAUGUGAUCUACCUGCUCCCAGCCCCUGACCUUCCUUUGCCCCCACCUGUCCUCUCAUCUCCUGUCUUUUAUUUAUUCCAAUUCUUCUGAGUCCAAGCAGUGACAAAGAAGUCCAUUUUAUUUCCCCUCGUGUAGUCCAUCCACCACUCACAGCUCCCCACCUCCCUGGCAAACACAAUUGUAGUGUCAGGUCUGGCAAAUGAAUAGUUGUUCUACUCUCAGUGUGUCUUAGCUAGAUACAUCUGAUUCCCGUAGAAUCCUUAGUUCAGGAAGGUGCUUGGGAAAGGCAGAGGGAAGCAGCCAGGAUCCCUUUUUUGGCUUUUUUUUUUUUUUUUAAAUUUUAAAACAGGGUCCCUUUUCCUGCAGGCCCUAUGGGGCAGUGUUUAAUAAAUAUUGUGAGUGAGGCGUAUGGCCAGUUUUUCAUCCAGGUCUUUUCUCAGUCUUCCUCAGCUUCUGUAAGCUGCAAAGUGGGAAUGUUAAGAUUUAUUCUCCAUAACAUUGCUGGGCUCUUCUACCACUCUUAUCCUUCAGCUCAGCCUAUAGCUCAUUUGGCAAAGGAGACUAGUUAGCUAUCUUUCCUUAUUUCCUCCUGGGUAAUUUAACCUGUAAAGCCCUUCAACUGAUACUAUAUUUUAAUUUCUUACACUAUUAUUAAUAAUAUACUUUUAACAUGUUUUCUAAAUUAUCUUUGAGCUGACCUUCACGUUCUGAGUUUAUCUGUGGACCUUGGCUGUCGUGGUAGAUCCUCUAAUCAGCCCAGCUGGCUGUCUCACUUACUCGGAAAAUAACUCUUGCCAGAACAAAGUGACAUUCAUCAUCUGAGUCACUGUGAGCUCCUGACAUGUCACUUUACUGUGGGUUAGAACUUUUCACUCCUUAAAGAUCUCAUAUACUCCAUGGCAUUGGAAAGGAAGGAAACGUUCCUGAGCCUCAGGCUGUUGGGGAAAGUCCAGCUACUGUAACUUAUCAGAGCAUGGAAAAGUCUAAGUCUGAAUGUGAGACUGCUCUACUGUCUGAGAGAUGGAAAAGCACAAGCAGACUUGUGAUGGCGUUUAUGGUGCCUGGAAGCCAAAAUUCUCUUCCUGAAAGUACCAGCCAAAAAGUGACAGGAAUAGAGAGGAGGCGGAAGAACAAAAGGGCCUUGCCCUCUGAACCUUGUGCCUGUUUCUCUUCUUACUUCUGGUGGCCUGACCAGGUCUUACUCCAAGCAUCUGAAAGAUGCCCUACUUAGCUUUGUUUCCAAGACAUUCAUUUUUAUUUUUACUUUGAUUGACCAUGAGCAAACUGACCUCUGUUGAUUCUCUAUCCUCAACACGCUAUUUAGUGCAAAGACCCUGGGGGUUCGUUUCUCAAUACCACAAAAACAAGUGAAAAAACAAUUCUUGAAUUAUUUUAGGACUUCUGGAGGGAUAGAGCUGGGUAUCCUAGGGCAGGCUUGCUCAAACUAUGUGUGUCAAGGAACCAGGUUUUUUUGUUUUUUAAAGACCUAGUCCUUCAUGUACAGAAUGUGGUCCUACUGCUCAUGGAUAAUGUGCAGCUCACAUGCAAAUGUGACGACAGCCAAGCUGUCCAGAUCCUGUUCAGCAGAUUGAGUCCCCAGUCAUGUAUUUGGAUAUCACAAGUGCCAGUUUCUGAACACACUGAAUUUCUAAUUCCUCAUGUGGUAAAUUAGUAAAACAAACAACAUGAAAGUGUUCAAAGGUGAGCACAAGUUUGCAAACCACCUUUGAGUAAUACUGCUUUGGGGCCUCUUUAGUCUCUCCAUAGAUCCUAGCCAAACUGACACAUUUGUAUACUUGUAGUUCUCUCAUGUGAGGGUCAGCCUUAGAGAGUUUGUUCUGUAGCAAUAAUAUGUUACUAAGAACGUUCCUAGCAACUUUUUGUUACUGUUUUUGCAACAAGAUCUUGCUAUGUGGUUCAGGAUGGGCCUGAACUCACUGUGUAGCCCAGGCUGGCCUCACUUGUGGCGAGUGGUAGGAUUAUAGGCAUGUACCACCACAGGCAGCUUCUAGUAAUGUUCUAGCCUGUCUUUUCUUCAGUUUAAAAAAUAACUAGUGCAAGUUGAGUGUGGUAGUGCACACAUGAAAUCCUAGCACUCUGGGAGGCUGAGGCAGGAGAAUCAUAAGUUCUAGCCCAGCCUGGGCAAUUCAGUGACUUAGCAUGACCCUCAAAAUAAGCAGUUGCAAAACAGGCUGGGGAUUUAGCUCAGUGUAAAGACUCUGGGUUCAAUUCCAAGCAUCAAAACCAAAAAACAAAAAAAAAAACUUAAGUUUAAUGAAAUUUUAUGCUACUGUUCAGCUUUACAGGAAAUGCCCCUUUGGUCCAAAAUUUUAUGUUAGAUAAUAAAUUUUUGAUUGUAUGGA